CGGUGGAGGAGAAACCCGAUCCUUGAGCUUGACUACAUUAUUACCGAAAAAGUGACGGGGUAUACAAAUACUUUGAGACAAUUAAGGGCGAUGUUGGGGGAACAAGGAGGUGAAAUAGUGGAAUUCACACUCUGCCAAGUGAAGCUGGGAAAGGGAAAGCAUUAUAUAUGUGAUACGUCAAGUUGCAUACUAUUUAUGCGUGCCUCGGAUUUAUACGUCAUUGGCUAUGAGAGUGAGGUGGAGCUGGAGUCUUUGAAGCCCGAUAAAGAGAGAGCACAAGAGAUAGGUAAAUAUUUUGCCAACCGUGACCUUCGUGGAAGAGUAGAGGAGCCUGAAGUUCGACCCUUGAGUUUUAAAAGAAGAUUACAACUCUCUCAUAAAGACUUCGAGUUACCAUACGCUACAUGGAAUACCACUAGGAUUUUCAGCUUCAGAAAGGCUGUGAAGAUUUUGGGUGGUAAAUUUGACAGCGAAAAACAAACGAUAUUCAUAUUUUUAGAAGCGACUCAAAGGAAAGGAUUAGCAGCAGCGGUGGAGGAGAAACCACGAUUCCUUAAUCUUGAUUACAUUAUUACUGGAAAAGUGACGGAGUAUACAAACCCUUUGAGACAAUUAAGGGCGAUAAUGGGGCCACAAAGAGGUGAAAUAAGUGGAAUUCACCCUCCACCAAGUGAAACUGAGAAAGGGAAAGCAUUUUAUGUAACAUUGCAUCUUAGAUGUGAUAUGUCAAGUUGCAUACUAUUUACGCGUGCCUCGUAUUUGUACGUCAUUGGCUAUGAUAGUGAAGUGCAGCUGUUGUCUUUGAAGCCCGAUAAAGAGAGGACACAAGAGAUGGAUGCAAAUUUUGUCAGCUCUGACCUUUGUGGAAGAGUAGAGGAGACUGAAGUUCGACCCUUGAGUUUCAUAGAAGAUUAUAACUCUCUCAUAAAGACUUCGAUUUUGAGAAAGGUCGUGAAGAUUUUGGGUGAAGUGACUCGUUUUACAAAUUUCGAGAGUUAUAUAACCAUUAAUUUUAAGAAUGAUGUGGGGUCGGUUUGGAUGUUUUCAUUAGCGAGACUGCAGAAGAAACCUCAUUCUCGUGGACAUGAAGCUAAGUUAGGAUCUGGACCUGAGGAUAUCGUGGAACAAACAAUGCAGAUUACUAAGAAAGGUAAAGGUUUAGCAGUAGCUGUGGAAAAGGAGAAUCCCCGAAUCCUUGAGCUUUACUACGUAAUUACCGAAGAAGUAUGA